AUGCUUUCCAAGCCCUUCAAGCCUCUGACUAUCAGAAAGCCCGAUGCCAUCACUGCUAGUGAUGCUUCUGCUGGGCCAGCCGCGAAACGGCGCAAAUUGAGUCCACCCGAGGACGAACCCGCCGCAGUCAAGACAGAGCAGUCUAUCUCGAAAGCCACCUCCCAUAACAACACCAAAAGCAACAGCGCUAGCAAUUACAGGCCACCAUUAAAAGAAGUCCACAAUCCUUCGAGUCCUGAAGCGCCCUCGGCAACUGGGCUGCCAACCAGCAACCAGACCUAUUACUCGGUGCUCUGGCGUGUUACAACGAACAAGAAGAACAAGACCUGGACCGACGAUGGAGUUCUGGUAGUGGCUGAUGGCUAUGCAACGCUCUACAACAACACUGGACGAAGUAUGGGUCGAACGGCCGUAGCUGCAGCUCUCACACCUGGGUUUAACCUCUCUAUUGGCGGUAAACAAGUCGAAAUCGACUCAUGCAUCACUAAAAAUGAUUACAUUGCCGUCGUCAAUCCAAAGGCCCUCUCCCAAAGAGUCCACAACAUACCCCCAUCGAAACCUAAACCGACGCAGCCUUCCACGAUCCUGCAGCCAAAGCUGAGCUUGAAGGAGCAAAUGAAGGCACAGAUACAGAAAGAGAAGAAAGAGAACCAGAAACAAGGCCUACAACAAUUCUCACGUGUUGCAGCAUUCAAGCAGCCGUUGAAAGAGACCACCAUCAUGCCUCAAGGUCCAUCUGAAAUGCCUACGCCUCGUCAUAAUCCCAAGGCAGCUGGAGCAUUUAUUUUCAAGAGACCGCAGAGCCCCCCGCAAGGUCGUCAGAUGGUAGACGUCGUCUUGGACCCUCUACUGGGAAAACAAUUACGACCUCACCAGCAAGAAGGCGUCAAAUUCCUUUACGAAUGUGUCAUGGGACUUCGGGAGUUUGACGGCCGAGGCUGUAUUCUUGCCGACGACAUGGGGCUGGGCAAGACACUGACAACAAUUGCUCUAUUAUGGACUCUGUUGCGGCAGAAUCCCGUUCAUAAAGCACCACCUGUCGUCCGGAAGGCACUGAUCGUUUGUCCGGUGUCCCUCAUUCGUAACUGGAAACGGGAAUUCAAGAAAUGGCUCGGCCUGGAUCGGCUGGGUGUGCUCGAGUUCGAGGAUCAAAACACACAAGUGAUCAACUUUGAUGGCAAGGUCUAUCAAGUCAUGAUCAUUGGGUACGAGAGGCUACGCAUGGUAGCUGAUGAUCUCGGCCAAGGCCAUCCGAUUGACAUAGUCAUAUGCGAUGAAGGCCACCGUCUGAAGACCAUGAAAAACAAGAGCGCUCAGGCAAUUGAGUCGCUAAACACGAAGAGGAGGAUCAUCUUGUCAGGCACGCCAAUCCAGAAUGACCUUAGCGAGUUUUAUGCCAUGGUCAACUUUGUGAACGAUGGCUGCCUAGGGUCGCAGAAGGGCUUCGUCCGGGACUUUGAAAAACCGAUCAUGAAAAGCCGGCAGCCAGACGCAUCCGAGGAGGAUCUUGAACGUGGACGGGAGGCUAGUGACGAGCUCGCCAGGAUCACGUCUCCGUUUAUCCUUCGCAGGACAGCUGAUAUACUGGCUGAUUUCCUGCCGCCCAAGACAGAGUUUGUCCUGUUCUGCAAACCCACUCAGGCUCAAGCGAUGAUAUACCGGAGUGUUCUGCAGUCGCCCAUGUUCCACAACGCCCUUCGCAGCAAUGAAACGGCCUUCCAACUCAUUACUAUCCUAAAAAAGCUUUGCAACAGCCCUGCCCUCAUGGAUCCGAAGUAUGGCAACGAUGACGCUACGCCAUCAUCGUCGCUCACAGUGUUGAACGAUAUGCUUCCAAGUGGGCUAUCGAAGCUAUAUCAGAACCAUCUUUCCUGCAAGAUCCGGUUACUCGACCAGCUACUACAGCAACUAAGGCAUUCUACUGACGAAAAGGUGGUCGUUAUCUCGAACUAUACCUCCACCCUGAACCUAAUUGAGCAAUUGCUGAAGAGCUCCGACCUGCCCUCCCUACGUCUGGAUGGUUCAGUGGCGGCCUCGAAGCGGCAAAAUCUUGUGGACCAAUUCAACCGAUCCAAGUCCUCGCAGAUGUUCGCCUUUCUGUUGAGUGCAAAGGCAGGUGGUGUUGGUCUCAACUUGAUCGGGGCCAGCCGACUUAUCCUCUUCGAUGUGGACUGGAACCCGGCAACAGACGAUCAAGCUGUUGCACGGAUUCACCGACAGGGACAAAAGCGACACUGCAAGAUCUACCGCUUCUUGAUCAAGGGUGGUCUGGAAGAGAAGAUCUGGCAGCGACAAGUCGUCAAGAGAGCAUUGGCCGAUAGUAUCAUGCAGGGUGGUUCUACGAUAUCAUCAGGGGGCUUGGCGCCCAAACAGAAGGGCAAAGGUCAGACUUCAACCUUCAGUCAAGAAGAGCUGAAAGAUCUCUUUCGUCUGGAUGAAAAUGCUGGACUCCGCACCCAUGAGCUGAUCGGAUGUGAAUGCAAAGGUACAGCGCUCGAGGAAGGUGUUGAUGGUGAACAUGCCCUGAAGAAGACUCAGGUUGCUGGGGAGGACGGUGAACCUCUGGAGCAGGACUCUCAAGAAGUACUACCGGAGAUUCAAGUAUCGACCAAGAAGGCAAACAGCUCGUCUUUGGAGCAAAUGAAGUCUGACUUUCAAGACCAGCCAGGAUCGAUAACCUCGCCAGCAAAGUGUGAGGUGGAGGCCGAGCGGGAGGAGUUGCUGAAGUAUGUCCACCUCGACACCUCAAUCUUCUCACAACCGGAUGUCGACAGCGAUUUGGUUGAGCGUGUCUCUGCAGUCGUUGAUGACGACUGUCUCGAACACAUUCUUCGUCUUAGCCAGGACAUGACAGGCGGCAGUAGCAUAUCUUACGUUUUCAAGAAGACGAACGGCAGUCAGACGAGGUAUUCCCUGGAGGAAGAGGUCUAG